AUGUUCUCAGUUGAAUCAGAAAAAACUACAGGAUAUAAGAAAAAAAACUCAAGUAAGAAAAUAUGUGAGGAAGAAAAACGUUUACAGACAGAUGUAUUGUUUAGAAAUGAAGAGAAUGAACAUAUUUCACUUGACAAUAAUAUUGUGCUAAAUGAUAACAUCUUGGUAAUACCAAACAAUGGAAUAUGCGAAGAAAUGAAGCAUAAUUCUGGGGAUAAAGAAAAAACAGAAGUGGAAGAAGGGUCAAAACAAUUUAAGGAAAGCGAUAAAAUUUCACUUAACAAAUUAUCAAGUAAAAAAGGGGCAUACUAUAAUAUUUAUCAGUAUGAGGAUAAAAAUAAUAACAAUGUAAAAUUUUCGCAAAAUGUGAAUGCAAUAAAGAAACCUUUUGAGAAGCAUCACGAACAUGUUAAGGAUGAUAGCUAUAUGACUAUCAGCAAAAAUGUGGUGAGAAAUAUGUUUCUUAAAAGUAAUAUUACCAGUAAUAGUGAACAGAUGGCAGAUAUUAGAGUAUGCAUAAAUAAGCCAAGUAACUCAAAUAUAUAUACAAGCAAUAUAUAUUUAAGGGAAAAAUCAACUAGUCAUCAUAAAACGGGUAACAACAAUUUGCUAAGGUAUUAUUACAGUAAAGAAAUAAAUGAAGGGGAAAAUUUAAUGAAAAAGGAAUUAUCAACUUUUGAAAAAACUGCUUCUGUAAAUAUUAAAUGUCAUGAUGAGUCUCAUGAACAUUUAAACAUGUUAUACAGUAAUGAUAGCAGAAUAUUUAGAACAGAUUUUACUUAUACGAAUAAGGAUUGGGAUAAUAUAUACCCCCUUGCUGAGGAUCGUCAGAAAAUUAUUGAUGAUAUGAACAAAUAUAGUUCUUUUAUUAGUAUAUUAAAUAAUAAUACAUACAAAAGUAAUUCCAGUAUGCACAGAUUAAACAUAGUCAUGCGUGAUAUGCACAAACCGCAUAAUGAAAAAUUUGAAAAACAGAUAUACGAUGAACAGACAAAAAUGGAAGAAGAACAUAAUGAUUACGCUACUGAAGGUAGAGUAUAUUUCGAUCUGGAAAAGAGUAAUGCUAUGUACGUUAACCAAAUGAAUGAAAGGAAGGAAAGUAUGAAAGGUUUUAAGUGUGAAACAGAAGAAAUAAUUUUUAGUAAUAAUUUAAAUACCGAUAAAAAGAUACAUGAAGGGACAAACAGUAAAGAGAAUGAUAUGGAUUAUUUUAACUUAAAGAAAAGAAGUAAGUUUAUUAAUUCUCACAAUGUAGAUGUGUUGAGGGGAGGCAAAAACUCGGUUUAUGGAGCUGAUGAAAAGAGGGAUGAGAUAUACAGGGAUAACCAAAGUGGAGGAAAUUAUAUAAAACAGUGUACAUUGAGCAUGCCCUUGUUAAAAAAUAAGACUACAGAAAAUGCAUGGAAGAAGAAAAUUCAGGAAAUUAACAAAGAAAGAUUUCUCAGUAUAAGGAUGAAACCUAAUGUGUUAUACAGUGAAAAGUAUGGAAAAGUAAAAAAUACAAAAAAAGAUUUUUCUUUUUCAUAUACAGGAGAAAAUGAUGUUCCUAGGUUGAUGGUGUUAAAGGAAAAUGAGUGUUCUACUAAUAGAAGUUCAUAUGAUAGUAUGUAUGGGAAAAAUGAUAUGACAAAAAUGUUUGCCAAUAUUAGUAAUCUGAAUAUGAUAAAAAAUAAUGUGAUAUUUUACCAAAAGAGAAAAUGCAAUAAUGUUUUUAAGAAGAACAAUAACAUUAAUAUGAGAAGAAACUUUAACCGAAAUAUGUGCAGUACUGAUAAGGCGGGGCAUGUAGCUGAUAAUAAAGAGGCAAAGAAAUCGUUCGAAGAAAACAUUUUUCACUUGAAAAACAAAUUUUUGUCCCCUGAGAAAUAUGUGUUCAUAUUUAAGGAAAAGCAGACGUCAAACAAUGAGUCUAAGAAUGAAUCACACGGUGAGUUGAAGAACAAUGAAAACGUUACUUCCUGUCCCUCUCAGGAUAACAAAAGUAAAGACAUUACUUGUGCAGGAGAAAAGGAACACAAUUCUGUCCAUAUGGUAGAACAGCCAGAACAGCUGAUAAAAGCAGAAAUGUGCUUAAAAAGAAUAAAGGAUGAAAAUAGAUUUGCAUUAAAGCACAUGAGCAAAAAUUGCCAUAUGAUGGAUAAAUAUCAUGAGAAUAGGAAUCCAAAUUUUAGCGAUUUUUCGCUUGAAUCAUCUAAUGAUUCAUCAAUUGUAGAGAAUGUCAAUGAAGAAGAAAAAGAAAAAAAGAAAGAAAAAAAAAAAAAUUAUCGUAUAUCGUUAUUAUCAUACGAUGGAAUAAAAAAUGACGUAAAACAAUAUGAUAGAGAAGAAAGACAAAUUUUAAAAAGUAAGAUAAAUAGCUUAGAUAGGAAAUUGUUCGUAAAAAAUGAACUGAAUGACAGUACAACAUUUAAUUUAAGAAAGGGGAAUUUUCAGUGCAUUAAAGAAGAUAAUAUUAAUAAAGUGAGUUUUACUCGAAGAAAUAGUGAAAAUUGCACUUCAGAAAAGAAAAGAAAUAAAUUUUCGUACAAAUUAUAUAGUAACGACGAAAUGUUUAGAAGUACCCAUAUGAAUGAAGCGGAGAAGGAAAGGGAAAAGUUGAAUAAUACUAUUUGUAUUAAUACCUACCACAUUAUAGACAAAAAUAUAGAGAAAAAAAUCAAUUGUUUGAAUAGCCUUCAUAAUAGUAAUGUAUUUAGUAUAGUUAGUGCAACGCAAGGCAAGUACACGAUUGAACAAAUAAAAAAGAUCGAUGAAUCAUUCGGAAAAAGUGAAGGUACCUCGGAAUUGAUUAAUUACAGUAGGAAUGUGAUUAGAACAGAUCGAGGCAUAAAUAAUGAGAUAAACUGUAAGACUUUAUUUUAUGGGAAAAAUUCAACUUGCGCAAACAAAAAAUUGAACAACGUUUGUUAUAACUAUGGGGGUGUAACUUGCAAGAUCUUUAAUAAGGACAGUAAACUUAAUGAUAGAAAAAAUGAAAAGUGUAGUUUAAAAAAAAAUUUGAAAAGUAGUAACUGGUAUGAUUUUAAAGAUAGUUUUUUUGAAAAAAUUAAUAAAUCCUUUUGUUUAAAAAUGAAAAGGGAAAAUUGUAAUUAUCACAACUUAUUGGGAAACAAUUUGUCAAGUGAAAAAACGAAUGAAUAUAAUAAUAACACGAAAAUAUAUGAAAAAAGCAUUUUCUUAUUAGAAAAUGAAAAGAUAAAAGAAUCUCCUUUUUUUCCUUCACAAAAAGAAAAAACAAGACAGGACAAAUUUAAUAUAGAUGAUCAUACUGCUGAUAUGUUCAUAAAAUGUUUUAAAGUGAAUACACCACAUAAUAUAGGCAGUAGUAAACAUGAUAACCAUUUUUUUGAAUUUACUAAUAAGAAGUUAAUUAUAAAACCAUCAGCCUUUAAUUAUGCUAAAAAGCGCUACAUGUAUUUUGAAAAAAACUCAGAAAUAAGAAGCACAAAUAGCUAUACGGAUGUGGCAAAUAUUAAAGGACGCUAUAUUUACAAUCCUAACGAAAUGAAUGAUACAAAUAAGGUGUUUAUUAACAAUAUGACGAAUAAUUAUUGCCUAGAUGUGAAAAAGGACUCAAUGCAUAACAUACAUAAGAAAAAGCGUUUUCAGGUUAACAUAGAUGCGGAUUUUAAAAGGGAUGGAAGCUAUUUGAAUAAUAACUAUACAAACUGUUGUUUUACUAUUUUAGAAAAGGAUGAAAAGGGACUUACACCAGUAAGGAGUAGAAAUGACGUAAAUAAUGGUAAACUUCUAGAGAAUGAACAGGCUACUGAUGGGUUUGCUAUUUGUGAAAAUGAUUUACUCAAAAGGAAGAAUGAAUAUAAAAAUUACGAACUAAGUUUAAAAACAAACCACAGUAGUAGCAUUAAUAUCAGAUGUAACCGUAACAGCAUUAAUGGCAGUAAUAGCAUUCAUAACAGUAAUAGCAUUCAUAACAGCAAUAGCGUUAAUAGCAGUAAUAGCAUUCAUAAUGGCAAUAGCAUUCAUAACAGUAAUAGCAUUCACAAAAGCAGUAGCAUUCGUAACAGCAGUAGCAUUCACAAAAGCAGUAGCAUUCGUAACAGCAGUAGCAUUCGUAACAGCAGUAGUAUUCGUAACAGCAGUAGCAUUCGUAACAGCAGUAGCAUUCAUAACAGCAAUAGCAUUCAUAACAGCAAUAGCAUUCAUAACAGCAAUAGCAUUCAUAACAGCAAUAGCAUUCAUAACAGUGAUAGCAGUACUAACAAUUUAAAAAAUCAAAUCAAUUUUGUGAAUAGUGAAAUUGAUUUACUUGAUAGGCAUAAACUAAGGUUCUAUUUGUCCAAAGGGAAAAACGCUAUUAACAAUAAGCUGUUUAAUGUAACAGAUGAAAAGGGUAUAUUGUCAAUUUUUAAAUAUUUUAAUUUUUUUGGUGAUAGUAGCAAAAUAGGUUGUGCACCUAUUCCCUCCCAUGCGGCAAAGACUGCGGGUGGGCAUAUCCAGUACGAGUGUGUAUACAAGGAUGAAUUGCCCUCUAGUGGUGACAAGGUGAAAAUUGCUUAUGGAAAUGAAAGCGAAGGUGAUGAUAAGGAAGAUAAGGAUGAUAGGGACGAUAGAGACGAUAGAGACGAUAGAGACGAUAGAGACGAUAGAGACGUUAACAACGAUGAUUAUGAUGAUGGUGGUGAUAAACGACACACAUGUGCGUUAACGGAUGCACAUUGUCCUGAUAAUUCUAAAAGUUGUGAUAAGAUGAAUUAUGAAAACCAUGAUAAUGCUAAUGAAGAGGAGGACAAAAUUGAGAACAACAAAUGGGAUGAAAUGAAUACAGAUAUGAGCACUACUCAUGAGGGGGAUGCAAUUCGCACGAAUAUAUACGAGGAUGGGAGGGUCGGAAGUCGUACAAGCAGUGGUAAUGAUAAUAUUAACCGUUCAAAAGAAUGUAAAUUGAAAGAAGACAUAGACAGUCCUACACUUAGCAGGGAAAACGCAUUUAUGGAUACUACAAGAAAUGUGACAAAUGGAAAAGGUAAUGUCUCCAAUUCACAUAACGAAGAUAAUAUCUUCAUCUUAACUAGUAAAGAUAAUAUCUCCACCGUGAAACUUGCUGAUGAAAUUGAGGAGGAAAAGGGACAUGAUGUUAUUAGACAGGACACUUUUACGAAUAUAGUACAUGAACAGUGCAUACAUGAGAAUAAACUGAACACGCAGGUGCAAAAAAGCGAUUUAUUAUGUGAGAAAACUGAUACCAAUAUGAGCUUCGCAGAUACAGAGAAGAUAAAGAAACAAAGUAAUGCUGUCCUUAUAUGUAAUAAUAAUAACAAAGUAGAAAAGGUUAAUAUUCAGAAGAAUGAUUUUUCUACACAUAGCAAUCUUAUAUUUGACAAUUUUGAGAAAAUUUCUGAAAGAAUUAAUUUCAUUUUAGAUGAUACUGUCCAUUUUUUUAAAAAGAACCCAUAUAUACAUAACGGGUAUGGGAAAGCUAAAGUGUGUAAAAAUAAUAAAAGGAAAUUAGAAAAAAAAAAAUUAAAAAAAUGGUCUUCCGUUUAUAAAAUUAAUAAAGUCGUUUGUAAAGGAGCACACGGAGUAGUGUUCUCUGCGUGGAGAAGUGAAAAGGAAAGUGAACUUGAGAAAAAUUUCAGAUUGCACUUUUUAGAGUCAUGUGGGGGUAGGGAUGGCAUAAUGGAAGAGGUGGAAGAAGAAUUGGAAGAAGAGGAAGAUAAUGAGGAAGAUGAUGGGGAGAAUGAUGAGGAAGAUGAUGAGGAAGAUGAUGAAGAAGAUGAUGGGGAGGAUGACGAGGAAGAUGAUGGGGAAUAUGAUGGGGAAUAUGAUGGGGAGGAUGAUGUGAAAAACGAUGUGGAGAAUGUGGGAGAAAACAAAAAUGAAAAGGAGACCAACAAAGAGAUCCUAAAAGAGAACGAAAGGCAUACCAACAAAGAGAUCCUAAAAGAGAACGAAAGGCAUACCAACAAAGAGCUCCCAAGAGAGAGCGAAAGGAAGACCAGCGCGAAGGUACAACACGUAUCAUACUACCCGCAUGAUGGCAUGAAGGAAGCAGAAGGUGCAUCAUUGAAAGAGACAGAAAAAAUAGAAAAAUUAUACGAAAGCAACUUAGAAAAUGAAGAAGAGGUAGAAAUGGGAAGAGGGGAUGAGUCAAAGAGAGGUUUUAAUUUGGUAAAAGGGGAAAAAGAAGAAAGUGAAGAUAGUAAUGAUGAAAAUAAUUACGAUGCUGAUAAUUUAGUAACACUUAAAAUUUUAAAUUUAUGCUAUUUAAGUAAAAAAAAAAAUGUAAGAAGAAUUUUGAGAGAAGUAUAUUAUUUAAAUAUGUGUGACCAUCCAAAUAUUGUUAAGUAUUAUGAAUCAUUUUUUUGGCCUCCUUGCUAUUUAAUAAUAGUUUGUGAAUACCUGUCAGGUGGGUCCCUAUUUGAUUUAUAUAAAAAUCAUGGGAACAUAAGUGAAGAUAUAUUAGUAUAUAUCUUAGAUGAUGUUUUAAAAGCUUUGAAUUAUUUGCAUAACGAAUGUACUUUAUCUCUUAUACAUAGAGACAUAAAACCUACAAAUAUUGUUCUCUCAAAAAAUGGAGUAGCAAAAAUAGUAGAUUUUGGUUCUUGUAAAAAUUUAGAAAAUAUAAAAUCGAAAGAAAUAGUAGGGACAGUUUAUUAUAUUGCUCCAGAAAUUUUAAACAGAGAAAAAUAUGACUGUUCAGUAGAUAUAUGGUCUUUAGGUAUUACUAUAUAUGAAAUUGUUAUGGGUGUUUUACCUUGGAAAAGAAAUAAAACUAUGGAUGAAUGUAUACAAAAUAUUAUUAACUCUUCUCCAAAAAUUAAUAUUGGUUCUGGUUUCAGUAAACAUUUAUGUUAUUUUGUUGAAUCAUGUUUACAAAAGAACCCACAAAAUAGAGCGACUGUAUCAAAAUUAUUAAAUCACAAAUUUAUGACAAAAAAAAGAUCAAUUAAAAAUAAACCUAAUUCUAUUUUGGAAAUUAGACAAAUCCUUAGGUCAAACAAUAGGAAAACAAAAAGUACGAUUUUUCGAAAUUUUUUAAAAAAUAUCUUUUUUUUUAAUGGAAAAAAUAAGAGGAAAAGAAUUGAAGUCAUCAGCUCCAAAUCUUGUCAACCCGAAAUGUUUUAUCAAAACAUAAAGAGAGAAAAUUUCGACUUUUUUGAAAUAAAAGUACGGGAUGAGAAUAGCAAAUCUUUGAACAGCCUGAAUUUUGAAUUUUCUAAUGAAUAUGCGGAAAAUAAUUAUUCUUCCAACCGUUUUCCGGCCAACGGAGGCAGAAAAUAA